GGGCGGUUGUUGCGCCGAAAUUCGAUGCCCAAUUACUAUCACCCUGCGUCGGACCCACCACCAUAUCCUUCGUUUGAUUUCCGCCCAAGAGGAUCGCCCGAGAGUACGGAUGUAAUUUCUGUAUUGAUACAACCGCGGGAAGAUGUAGGGAGGGAGAGACUGCCACCCUACAGCAACUCGCUCUACCUCACCGCGGUGAUGCCUCGCAAAAUGGAGUUUAGCGCACCGGGCGUACAAUCCAAGGACAGGAAAUGGCGGCGCGUUCUUUGCGAACUAGAAGGGACUGUAUUCAGGGUAUACAAAUGUCCCCCUGGAGUGAAUGGUAUUGGGAUUCUGGGCGACUGGUGGGAGAAGCGGGUUGGAGCGGGAGAUGUGGCAGUGAGCGGGGCAGCCAAUCAUCAUCAACGUCCUGCGGUACAGACGUCAGAGGAACGCAGGAAAUCUAUGAAGUUGGGAAUCGUUCGACCGGAGACGCCGACCUCUGCAGUGGGAGAACCGUCAGGGCUCAGGCAAAGGACCGAGUCACAGUCGUCG